AUGACUCCGUUAAAUUCAAAACGACCAGUUGUCAUCGACGAAUCCGACGUAUCAGCUACAGAGUUGGAAUCGAACAAAGCUGUGAACAAAAAUAAAAAUAAAAAAAAACCGCCAAAGAAAAAACAGAAGAGCACCAAGGAGAGUCAGUCUGCAGAAACCGAGUCAGCUUUUGUUACAAAAGCAAUACUGCGUGCUGAUUCGGACGAUGAGAAUGAGAAAGUUAAAUCGAGACGGUUAACUAAGGAAGAAAAUGAAGACCUGCUUGCUUAUUAUGGGGAACCAACCCGUAAAAAGACUGAUGUGUGCAGUUCUGUCCCGUAUAUCAUGUUUCAAGAUAUGAUAUCUUAUGUAUGA